AACACCCAUUGUAGUAAAUGGGAAAUACCUACACUGGAAUUUAAGGAAAACCCUAGGCAAUAUUUGGACAGAAAUGAUAACAUCAUUCUAAAGAAAUGUUGAUAUAAUUCGAGACAAAUGGCCACACCGAGGAAACACCAUAUAUAGUAAAACAACAGGUAUGUGAAUUAACAGGUAAAUUUGUCAACCAACAGAAGAAAAUUAUCGGUAUUCCAAAGUAUAUUGGUGUAAUGUCCGACGUGUUUAGUGUGAUUUGGGAUUCCGUGUAGACAUGAUCCAAGACUGGAUCUUUUGGAAAAGAUAAGGUUUUUUUUUCGAUUCCCGAAUCUGAAGACGACUCUAUGAAUUAAGAAUAAUUUUCAAAUUCAGUAACCUAACCCUUGUUUAAUAUGUUACUUCCGGUAUAUUAAUGUCUGAUAUUAUAUGAUGAUCGAUGAGAGACGGACUAUUAGAAAUAUUAUAUUAACUACCUCGUUCGCUUAUACUAGAGACAAUAUCAUAGGUAGCGGAGCUUCUUCUAUUGUUUAUUGUGCUGUACAUCGGAAAACUGGCCAGACUGUAGCGGCUAAAGUUUUAAAAGAUCAUUCUAAAGUCAAUCUACAAGAUCUACAAAGAGAAAUUCUUUCAUUAGGUCAACUGAAUCAUCCAAACAUUAUCAAAUUCUAUGGCGUCGAAAAAGAGCUUGAUACUGGACGACAAGUCGUACUUCUACAGUACUGUCAAUCAAGUCUUCAUUCCUUCCUCCAGGAACCAGAAAAUGUUCACGGUAUAUGUGACAUCGAACUGAUCAUUCUCUUCAAAGAUUUAUGUUCGGCUUUAUCUUAUAUGCGCACCAGAAACAUCAUACACCGUGAUAUAAAGCCAGGCAACGUACUCAGAUAUACGGCACCAGAUUUAAGCAUAGUUUAUAUUCUCUCCGAUUUCGGAACUAGUCGUAGUUUGGAAGAUGAAGGCACCUAUUAUUCACUGGUUGGAACGGAAGAAUACUUACACCCAGCUGUGUAUGAGAAGGCAUUUGUUGAUCGUAAUGUACGCACAGCUUUUACGUUAUCAACAGACUUAUGGAGUUUAGCUUGCACACUGUAUCAAGCUGUUACAUCAAAGAUGCCCUUUAUACCAAAUGCUGGAGCCAGGGAAGACAAGAACGCCAUGUAUGAGAUGAUAUCGUGCAAACCUUCUGGAGCUUUAAGUGGAUAUCAAGACGAGGCUAAUGGCGAAAUAAAAUGGAUGACAGAUUUUCCGACAGGCUGCAGAUCGUCACGCCAUUUACAAGAAUUAUUAAAGAAUAUCAUAUCUAAACUAUUAGAAGCAGAUCCACAAAAACAGCUGUCAUAUGAAGAACUAUUUUCAGAACAGAGAAAACUAAAUAAAAGAUUUCAGCUAAAUAUUAUAAACACUAGUGACGGAACCAACUUUAAUUUGUAUUUUACACCAAAUGAUAGUUUAACACAGCUUAAAGAAGAGAUCGCCAGAUAUACUGAUGUUCCAGCCGAGUAUCAGACAUUAUAUUAUGAUGAUUUGAUGUUAGAUAAGGCGGUUAUCAGGGGAUCAAGUCUGGGUGAUCUAUUCAAUCAACGACAGACUAACUACAUCCCAGCUGUAUUUAAACACAACUUGGAGGAAGGCCUGAAACUAUUCAAACUAGAAUCGUUUGGUGUUUAUAAUAAUUCGAGUUCAGUUGCUAAUGAUUAUGAUAUAACGUUUAAACGAAUUGUCAUAGUAUAUCAGAUAAUAGAUUUAGUAUACGACUCGUUUCAUUAUCAACAGAAAACAGUGAGAACAUUAGUUAUAAUGUGGGCGAUGAUCAAGACAUUUACUCUGAAGAUUGAGAAGGGGUAUGAAUGUUUAUUACUGGAGAUGAAUAACAUGAGAUAUAUGUUACAGUUUUACCGUAGAGAAGUCAGAGAAGAAGAAGAUCUGUCAAAAUUUAGUUUAAAAUCAAUCAGUGAUGAUAUACGUCACAUAGACCACCGUGUUGUUAAUGGUAACGCGUCGGCGCAGAAAUACAGCACAUAUUCGCCAGAAGUCAGCAACAUGGCGGCGCUGGACAAGAUGGAAGUAGAUAUAAAACCUGUACGUGAUAUUAUCAGACGCCUGAAUAUCAUGAUGGAGGCACAGUACAACAAGAUGGCGGUUCCUCAAGACAGUUGCACUUGUUCAUGUCUUCAGAAAGCCAAGAAAUAUGCAGAUGACAUGAAGAUAAUUUUAACUAGAAUGAAGCGAAGAAAAAAAAUGGAGAUUUUACCAGAGGAAGAACGUAUUCUGCAUUUAAAAGAUCGUAAUGACGUAGAAGAAUUGAGUGCAAGUUGUUUAAAUCUGUGGCAAGACCAUUGUUGGGUGAAGAAACAGCAAUAUUACAAGCAGUUUAUACACAGCAAGAGGAGUUUCCAUGAAUGUCACGACCUGACUUUAAAAGCCAAUGAUAGAUUGAGGAAGAUCAGAGAGAAAUGUAAUAGUUUUAAUGACCAGAUACGCAAGUCAGUCCAGCUUGUGAAAAAUGAACAUUCCAUUGAUUCGCUACAUAUUCGAAGUGGAAGCGUGAAGAAUGUGGACAGUUCUAGUAGAUUCCACGGGGACGUCCCAGUUCCUGUCACCGUUCCGAAAGGUUGUUUUAAUGGUGGUGACGUUAGUAGGAAGAUUGCAAGUAAUUAUUAGAUCUGAUUAGUAGGUAAAGGUGUAGACUAUUAGAGAAAGAUAGGAAAGAAAAGUUAAUGUGUGUAUACGUGUAAUGUGCACAAUGUGCAGUAUAUUUGUUUAAGGCCUUGGUCUUUUGUACAUAAAGUUGAACAUAAAAAAGAUGUACAGUGGAUGAUAGAAGCUGGUGUUGUGCUAUUUUUAUUUGUUGUUUUUAUUUUUAUCUAUAUUGUCCGUAUAAUCAUAUAUUUCCCCCAGGCUCUAAUCAAGUUUAAUAAAUGUAUUUAUUUGGAAUUAUACGAGUACCAUAUAUGAACUGUAAUUACAAUCUGAUUAAAACACAGAUCCUAUUUCGUUUCGUUUUUCAUAGUUCAAAAUUUCGUUUUGCUUGUCUUUACUAAACUAGGAUCUAUAAGAGUUAUAUAAAAAAAAGCCGCGUUCUUGAUGUUGUAAAGGAUUAGCCAAUGAAACGGGCUGUUACGGCGAGGUUUUGGCAUAAGGUGCACAGAACUGUGGGUAACCCACUAAAAACAUCAACGCUGAUUGGUUAAUCGAGUGUCUGACGUCAUAGAUUAAAAAAAAAAACCGCUCGUAUGGCAUCUGAAGCGAACUUCCAUUACAACCAGCCAGAUCUUUAUGUAAUAGAGGCAAUCAAAAAUAUAAAAAAUACGAAACGAAAUAUAGAUCUGUAUUUUAAUUAAAUAUGAACUGUUAUUAAGAUAAUAUUGUUUUAUAACUCAAGGCUAUAAUACAAAAUAUUGUUAAGCUAUUUAUAGAUUCUGUAAUAAAUUGUACAUGGGUAUAUAUCUUUAUAACUCGAGGCCUAAAUACAACAUAUUGUAUUAUUUAGGUUUAACUAUAUAGAUUUAUAAAAGUUAUAUAUAUAAGUAUUAUGUACUCUACUGAACAUGGCGGAAGUAUUUUAUAUUCAAAGACCUCGGAGUAUGAAAUAAUCAUUUAUUUUUUGAGAAAUGAUCGAAAUAUUUACAGAAAAAGGGGUUAAUACAACCCAUAUCGUACAAAAUCAGCAAAUUGUAAUUUUGACUUUGAGCACCAGGAACACUUGCCUUCACAAUCCGACAAGCCGAAAUAUAGAAUGGCCACUAACAGCAACCAUAAAUAACUGUGCUGUAAUAUUGUAAUUUUAAAUAUUAUAAUAAUGUUAUUAUGUAUUUCUAGAGGGAUGGUAAAAUUAAUAUCUGCUAUUGAUAAUAUCCAAUAAAAUAAGCCUUGCCUGCUUAAUAUCUACCUCACACUUCCAUCCUUAUCACGGUUUCACCCUCAUCACGGUUUCACCCUCAUCACAGUUUCAUCUUCAUCACAGUUUCAUUGCUAACAGUCUCAUCUGUUGUAAUUAUCUGUCAAUAAUAUAGUUAACAAUAUAAGCUAUGCCUCGUGGAAUUAUUC